UUCAUUUCAAAAUCACUGGUAAAAAAAGGCAAUCAUUUGGUGUGAAAUAUGCGUUUUGCUGAAGCGUCGGUAAUGAAAACGUGUUAAGGGGGCAGUGAAAGUGAGUGGCAGUGGCAAGCACCAGCAUGAUGGUGCGCUGCGCGCCUCUCGCCCAGAUCGGGGGCGCAUCUGGCCUGCAAGAGCGGCACCCCCGUCAGUGCGAUUCAACCCUUGCGUUCGGCAGCAUCGCGCCACAGGAUAGCUGCGAUAAGAGUGUGAAAUUUUUCAAAAUGAACUGGACAGAAACAGUCGAUGUGUCAGAUUGGAACGCGAUCGAAAGGGUGAAUGAGAGUGUUGAAAGCAACUGGACAGCUAAAGUGUUUCCGGCGAGAGCCGCUCCGAGUUUUUGGGAAGCUGGUCGCGUGCAAAUUCCUCUCUACAGCCUCAUUUUUCUGCUGGCCGUCGUCGGAAACGUGCUGGUCAUCCUCACCCUCGUGCAGAACCAACGCAUGAGGACAAUUACAAAUGUGUUUCUACUCAACCUAGCCGUUUCGGAUCUGCUUCUCGGUGUUUUCUGCAUGCCGUUCACCUUGAUCGGCGCUCUGCUGAGGGACUUUGUCUUUGGAGAGCUCAUGUGCAAGCUCAUUCCCUACUCGCAAGCCGUCUCCGUGUCCGUGUCGGUGUGGACGUUGGUGGCGAUUUCUGUGGAGCGCUACUACGCCAUCUGCCACCCCCUAAGGUCACGCCACUGGCAAACACUGUCGCACGCAUACCGCCUCAUCGCCGCCGUGUGGCUGGGCAGCUUCGUCCUCAUGACGCCGGUCGCCACCCUGUCGGAACUGCAGCCAACAAGUCAAGGUCAUCACAAAUGCAGAGAAAAGUGGCCUCAUCUGGACUACGAGCGGGCGUACAAUUUGCUGCUGGAUGCGGCACUGCUCGUUGUUCCGUUGAUCGCGCUCACAGCCACUUACGUCUUGAUUUCGCGCACCCUUUGGCGAGGGAUGAAAGCAGAAGCAAGAUAUUCCAACAAAGACGGCAAUCUGGAGGUUUACAUGGGUCUGAACGGGACUCCACUGACCAGGCGGCAGAGCUCGUUGCGCGCCAGCACCAGGGGCAGGCCACGCGCCCUGCAGCAGGAGCACUUGAACGGCAGCAAUCUGCUCCGGCGGACCAACGCUGAAAAGAGCCUAAUGAGCAAAAAACGCGUCAUCCAAAUGCUGUUUGUCGUGGUGCUCGAGUUUUUCCUCUGCUGGACCCCGCUCUACGUGAUCAACACAAUCGCUCUGUUUGACAACAUGGCUGUUUACUCGGGAUUAGGCUACACCGGCAUCAGCUUUUUCCAGCUGCUCGCCUACAGCUCCAGCUGCUGCAAUCCGAUCACUUAUUGCUUCAUGAACGCAAGCUUCCGCAAAUCCUUUCUCAACGUUUUCGGGUGCCGGGGCUCGUCGUCUGAAAGCCGGAUGAACGCGAGCGGUGGCAGCCCGUGCGAACCGAGGCGCAACCCCAGCAUCAGGCAGCGCCAAGGGGUGCUCCUCUGUUCGUGGAUGGAGGCCGCCGAGUCGGUGAAGAGGCGCGACACGCAGAGGCUCGACAGCGACGACGACCGCAACGGCAGCAGCUCGUCGCACAGAGAUGUUUCCAUCGCCACCGGACAGCUUUAAAAUGACACAAACAAUUCGUAUAGGGAUAAGAGCACACCUUUUAAUCCGAAAAAAUGGAUUGAUUUCAUACUGCCACCCUAGAGAAUUUGGAAUUAGAUUAAAAUGUUCCGUAUGGCCGUUCAAAUAUCGAAUUUCGGGGCUUUUUACGCCUGUAAAAGCUACCAGGUUCAUGAAAAACUCAGCGCCUACAAAUGAUGGUACAAAAAUGUGGUAAAAUCAGACAACUGAUAUUUUUUAAUUGCUCACCACAGUUUCCUGGAAAAAUGAUUUCUAUAAUUACCAAAAAGUGAAACCGAUUAUAGGUUAUUUCCUAUGAAGCUCGUAUGAUGUUUAGACGGUCAAAUGAGCACGAAUCAGGUCUUUUUAAGCAUUUUGUCACAAUUUUAAAAUAGAUUAUUAAUUAAAAACUUGUAAUUUUCCUAAUUUACUUUAGGAAUAAGUGAUUUUAAAAUUAUUAAUCAUUAUUCCCAUAGUUUUCUAAGUGUUCUGGAUCUACCUAACAAAUCAACGUCAUGACUCAUUGUACAGCAAAACAUUUCAGAUAAUUAGGACAUUUUUCAAAAAAUCUAACAACAACUAAUAUAUGUGAUUUUCUUCUGUCAUAUUCAAAAUAUGAUACUUUUUGUUCAGCAAUGACAGUUUUUGCCAAGCUCGGAUCAAGCGAACCAUAAUUAUUUACAAACAAUAUCCAAAGGUAGCAAAAGCACAUUUUCGGAUUAAAAGGUGCGCUCCCCUUGAAAAAUUUAAUAUUUAUGUUUGAAAUUGAUCGUUCGUUCCUUUGUCUGUGAUUUUCGUGAUGUGCAAGCAUUGCAGUGGCCCAGAAAGAGCGAGUUAAGAUUCGAUCUUUAUCUGCGUGUUGCAAAAUCUCUGUGUGAUCCUCUUCAUGUCUACCAUUAAAAUUAUCUGUGCGUAUACGUGGAAAUAAUUUUUGGUCCAACUUGGUCAAACCAUUUUGCGGUGGUUUAAUUUGCUCAAAAUGAUUAGGUAGAUGUUAAGUAACAAAUAAAUUGAGGCAUGUUUUAUGCUUAAGAAAUAAACCUCUGCUAUGUUAAUUGUUUCGAAAAAUAAAAGUUAAACAAGAUGUUG